GAGAGCUAUACCUGGCCGUGCAGGGCCAAGUCGCUCAGAGCUCCAGAAGAUCAUGGCUUUCUCCAGUUCUGACAUGGACGAGGCUUUUGACUACUUGUUCAAGAUCAUUCUGAUUGGAGACUCUAACGUGGGGAAGACGUGCGUGGUCCAUCGCUUCAAGUCUGGGCAAUACCACGCAAAGCAGCAGAACACUAUUGGGGUGGACUUCACGGUACGUUCGCUGGAGAUUGACGGCAAGAAAGUGAAGAUACAGGUGUGGGACACAGCAGGUCAAGAACGCUUCCAGACUAUAACCCAGAGUUAUUAUCGCAGUGCCCAUGGGGCUAUUCUUGCUUACGAUAUGACCAGGAGGUCCACUUUUGAGUCAAUUCCUCGCUGGAUUCAUGAGAUUGAAAAAUAUGGUGCUGCCAACCUGGUCCUGAUGUUGAUUGGGAACAAGUCGGAUGAAGCAGAGAAGCGCCAAGUCCUGUUUGAAGAUGCUUGCACGCUAGCGGAGAAGCACGGCAUCCUUGCUGUAUUGGAGACAUCCGCCAAAGAGGCCCAAAAUGUUGACGAAGUCUUCAUCCUCAUGGCUAAAGAGCUGAUGGCCAGGAACACCUUGCAGCUGCAUGGCGAGGCUGCCUAUUCAGAUACUAUCCAUCUGGACAGCAGGCCAGUGGUUUCUACUUGGGAUGAUGAGAAGAAGUCCAACUGCUCAUGUUGAUGAGGUGCUUCAAGGGGAAGAAGCCACCAGGGGCGAUUCCUGGGGCCUGCUUUUGUUAUGAGAACCCUCCUGCUAGCCUCACUUUGCCACCCUGAUAACAUUUCAGCCAGGCAACUUUGGCUUUGUGUCGUUCUUCAGAAGCAGAGGCCACCCUUUGUUCUGACAGUCAAAGUGGGUUGAGACUGGCAGUGCUAGCUUUUCAGUCGAAGGAAGGUUUAUUGGAAGCCAUUUGCUUAAGUGGACAGUUAACUGUUUUUUUUGCCCAGUCUGGUGUCUGUUUGUUUCCACCAAUGGCUGGGGAAAAUAAGGGUGGGUUUACUGGUCACUACAAUCCCUUCUUGUAUAUGUUAGCUCCUAAUUGGAGAUGCUACUGACAACCAUUGGCAGCCGCUGUAGUGAAAUGUUAAAAGGAUGGCUUUGAAUGGUUGCAUCCCAGAUUACUUCUUUACCAAGCAACCCAGUGCCUUUGUAGCAAUCUCAGAAACUUGAUUAAUCGAGGGCAGUUGACUGGUCUUUUUGUCAGUUUACAGUGGUACCUUGGUUUAAGUACACAAUUGGUUCCGGAAGUCUGUACUUAACCUGAAGCGUACUUAACCUGAAGCGAACUUUCCCAUUGAAAGUAAUGGAAAGUGGAUUAAUACGUUCCAGACGGGUCCGCAGAGUACUUAAACUGAAAAUAUUAAAACCGAAGCAUACUUAAACCGAGGUAUGACUGUACUUAGGAUUCUCCCUACCUCUCCUUGCCAUCAAUGGCUAGCCUUUAUGAAGAUGUUUAAGGCGGGAUUUUUGUGUGCCUCUGUUUCCUUUACUCCGAUUGAUGGCAAACCAAAGUAAAAAGCGUUUAUAUGAAGUUCCCUUUCGGAAAAUUGAAUCGACUGAAGUGGUUACACCAGAGUUUUCCAACUAUGGGUAAUAUUGUUUUACGUCUACUACAAGUUUAUCAAAGAACAUCCCUGGUUUAGCCUAAGGGGGGAUCUGGUCCAUAGGUCACCAGCCUCUUUUUAGGCCUUGUGGCACAUUUGGAGUUUUUAGCAAGUGCGGUGGGUGUCGCUUCUCUCUCUCUCCACCUCCCCCGCCCCCCGCACAAAGAGCCAGUGGAAGAGAGCACAUCUGCAGACAAUUCACUUUUUGUGGGAUAUGGGUGAAAGUUGGAUUCAGUAGAAUUUGAGCCAUGGAAAGCCCAUAGAUCUGAAAGAGGAAGUGGCAAAGAACAAGACUUCCUCCUAUGCACUUACUAAGGGAGAAAAUGGUAAUUACCCUAAGCACCAUAGCUGCCAAGUCUCCCGUUUUCCCCGGGAAAUCCCCGUUUUUCCAGCUGUUCCUAGCUGAAAAAAUGGAUUUUUU